AUGAAGCAAAAUAUGCUUCUACUAGCGAUUCUUUUUGGAACUGUUGUUUCGAAAAAUGUUUUUGUUUCUUCGCCAUUUGAUAAUUUUAGAAUUGAAUGUCCAAAAAGAGUGAGUUUUUCAAACAUUUUUUCGAAAAGCUUUUAUGAAUUGUUGAAAUUCAGGCAGCUGCAACUGAACUAGCUGUUAGAAUGGUUGAAUCAGUUGGUCAAAAACGACAAGAUAUUGUAUUUGAUUUGUCUUGUGAAACUGUAGAAGAUUUAUAUCCAUGGAUCAAUAUUCCUGUUGGAAUUGCUGAUAUUGAACGGGAAGAUUGUCACUAUUCUGAUAUGGUUGAUCCUAUCCUUGAUGAGAAUACUACUUUUACAUGUGCCCCACGAGAAUAUCUUGCAGGAAUCACAAGACUAUCAGAUACCCGCAUUCAAACAAUGUGUUGUAAAUUGAGAUCUCGUGAUGAAUUCAAUUGCAAAGAAAUUGAAUUUAAUAAACCAAUUGGGCUCUCAAGAAGCACUGUUAUCGAGAAUGAUAAUCAAUUGAUUAACGCGCUCCGAAUUUCGGGAAGAAAUUAUGUUGUUCGAUUCUGCGACUUGGCUCCAAGAGCAAAUGGAGAUAUUUUAGCUGAUGAGAAAAUCAAACCAAAAGCUGAUCCAUUGUAAGAAAUUAUUACUUUUUCACUUGUUACUGUACAUAAUUUUCACAUUUUUUUGUUUGCACUAUGUAAUGAAAAUAUUUUGUUUCUUAUAGGAAGGUUCAAAAAACCCACAAAACCAACGAAAUUUCACCAAAAAUCCGUGUUCCAAUGCAUCCACCAAGACGUGUUGAAGCUGUGGCUAGUGUGAACUUUGAGAAACCACUUGUUCCAUCGAUUGAUCUUCCUGAUGUUUCUGAUGAUUUGGAUAUCAGUGCGGUAGGAAUUUUUGGGGAGGUUUCAUAGUUUUUUUCAAUAAGGAUUGCUGUUAUUUUUAGAAUAACAAAUAUUCAUUAUCAAAGUUCUUGUCAAUUCGACACAUCAAAAUCUCUUUUAGAUUAAAUUUAUUUCAUAUUUUUAAACUAAUUUUGAGUUAUUGAAAAAGUCUUUUGACGAUGAUUUUCGAAAUUCUAAAUAAAUAUUUGUACAAAUUUUCAAAAAAUAAAAGGCCCUAUGAGUUAAAAAAAGAAUAAACAAUUAUUAUUUUGAAGGUCACAUCUGAAACUUCUACCACCACCUCCACCACAACAACAACUGAAGCGCCAACUCAACCCCCUACCCAACCUCCAACUGCACCUCCAACAACGACCACAACAACUCAAGCUGCUCCAGUUGUCGAGGAAUCCACAUUCCCCCAAGAAACCCCAAUUUUCAGCCAACAACUCGUUGAAGAUAUUGUCAGAAAAAUUGGCAGCGCUCAAUCCGAACAAAAAGCUGCACAAAUUUUCCAACAAUCGUUGAACAAACUUCUACAAAACGCAAAUGAAAAGCCAAUCGGUGAGAGAUUUUAAUUUGUUUUUAAUUAGUGUUUUUUCUGAAGAUGCACUCCCAAAUGUUGGCCCACCAGCUGCUAUGCCACCAGUUUUGUCACAAACAACAACAGAAGAACCAGAUACAAUUGAAGAACAAGAAAUUCCAGUUGAGGAAAAAUGAGGAUAAUGUGCAUUUUGAUGAUCAACAAUUUCCCCGACCACCUGCUAAACAACGAUUCUCAAAAGAACUUUUGGUAAGUUGGAUUAGAUCAGAUUUUGGAGAGAUAAAUGAGUUUGACACGUGAAAAGGGAACCUCACAAAGAAUGCAGACAGUGAAUUAGCAGAAAAUCAAUUUUCACAAUUUAUCGCACAAGUUUGUCCCUGAAAUUCUCGUAGACAUCUCCAAUUUCACGAUAGAUCCCUUCAAAAAUCUUAUGUUAGAUCAUGAUCAUAUUUUUUGCUUUCACAAAUUUUCUGACCAACGUACUUCUACAACUUUAGUCUGUUUUUCGGAUUAUCUGAUGAAUGAUGUCAAAGUCAGAAUUCCUUUGAUUUCACAGGUUUUUGGUGUCAAAAUAUAACAUAAGUGAUCGUGAAAUUGAUUUUCAAAAAUUCCUUGCUCGAGGUUUUAGUUUCAAAAUUAACAAAACGAUAUUGAGAAUUCACUUGAUCAAAGAACAUCCCUUCAAUUUACAUACAUAUUAUUUCAAUAUGAAAAACGUUGUUGAUCUUUCUUUAUCCGUGAAAAUGCAGAAAAUGUAUUUCAGAUUAUCCAUCUAAUUUCAGUAAAAGCAUAUAUGUAUGAAUUAAUAAUAGCAAUAUCAAUUUUUGAAAUUGAAUGAACUGUGAUGCCGUUUCUUUCGAAUGAAACACUGACAAACUUGAAUACGACGGUUAAAAAGUGACAAUUAAAAAUCAGAAACCAGACAUAAUUUAUUUGUUAAAUUCAUUUUUAUGGUGGACUUUAUCAAAAACUAUAUAAAAUAAGACCGUCCGGAUUGAAAACGCUUGCUGAUGUAAUAAAAAUAUCACCAUUUAUUUUUGGUAUUUUUUUGAAAACAAUUCUUCAAAACCUCUAAUCAGUCAUUCAAACCUAAACUCAACUUCCUCUAAUCUUCAAGUUAAGCCAAACGUUUUCUUCCAAAAAGUUCUGAAGUUCAUCAGCCAACAAAUUUUUGCAGCCUCUCCGCCGCGGAAUCGACGCCGAUGAUUUGUCAUCUCUCCAACCAGUAAAUCUUGAUGGACGACGUCGUUCACCAAUUCGAACUCAUCGCCCACACGUUGUAAGCAUUGAUGAAUUGUCCGACUGAUGUUUUAUUUUUAGUUUUUCAAUGUCUGUAUAAUUGUCUCAAAAAAUAAUAAUAACAUUUGGUUUCUUUGUGUUGUGUAAUAAAUUCUAAUUUAUGUCCACCAAUCAAUCACUCAAAAUCACAGUUUUUUUUGUUUUGUUCUGUUAAAUUCAAAAUGUGACAAAAGUGCAAUAUUUUCCAGGAUAUCUGGUCAUCCGAAGAAGAUUUGAUGGAUGAAGUUGAGGGACAUGUUCAACCAACUCAACCUCCACCAAGAAAGGUUUUUUUUUUCAACUUUCAGAAAAAAAUGCACUUUCUGGUGUUCUUCAAUCUUUCGUAACGUCGUCAAUGCUGGAAAGAUUAUAUAUAGAUUAACUCGCGCGUUUUCUGACCAAUGGUUCUUUUUUUUCAGAUUAUCAAGAAGAUUAUUAAAAAAGUGAGACCAACAACAACAACAACAACAACAACAGCAGCGACUACUACUACAGAGGAACCAACAACACGACGAGUUAGACCAACAACAAGAAAAAUGAAAAGUUCAUUUUUUUCAUCAAUGGAAAAAAUUGAACGCGAACAAGUUGAUGAGCAAGAAGUUGUAGCAACUCCAGAGCCACGUAGAUUCCGCGGACGAACCACUACUCCUUCAGCUAGACGAGAUCUUCCAGCCAGAAGAAAAACUGCUGAAACACAUUUGAAUCAAAUUGAUAAUGCAAGAGAUAUUGAUGAGGAAACACAAAUUUCACCAUUUGAUGAUCCAAUUGCGGAAGAUAAUGUGAUCAUUAGAACAACUACUACAAAAGUAUGUGUUUUUCCACGUAACCAUUGUAUGUACAAAAACUUUCUGUUUAUUACAGAAACCAAGUGACGAAAUGCCAAAGAUCGAGUUCCAAGAAGAUGAAGAGUUAGAAGAAGUAAUUAGCAAGGUUGGUACAUAAUUACAUUGUAACAUUUUCAAUUUUUCACCCCUAUAAUUUAUGGGCAAGUUGUUUAUCAGAAAAAUUGAAAAGUUUAAUUGUAUGUCACGUAGGAAAAGGAAAAUUUUAUGUUUUUGCAGCUGAGCAUGAGAAGAUCGGAUAUUCGAAGAGCACCAGUGAGAAAUACAUUUGCUGAAGCUCAAUUUGGAGAGAAAAUGAGGAAGAAGGAUGGAGUUCGAACACAUGUUGGACUUCCAAUUAGUAAGAAUUUUUUGGAAAAUCCCUUAAUUUAUGAGUAUGAUAAUAUUAUAAAAAAUAUCAGACUUCUGAGCUCCUCAAGCACCAAUAAUUUAAAAAAAGAAAUAUUCAAUGUUUAAUAUUCCCAAUUGAAGUUUUUUUUUUCCAGAGCUCCCAAACAUGGAACCAAUCUCAAUUACAAAUCUCGAAGAAUUCUCCACUGAUGGAGAUGAUGAAGAUGUUCAAAAAGUGACUUUUGAGCAACAAGAUUUCGAAGAAGCAGAAGACGAAGAUGAAAAAAAGGUAAAACAUAAAAAACGGGAAAAUCCCCCUCAUAAAAAUUACGACCUCUUUGAAAACACCCACUCGAUUUUUUCCAAUUUACCAGAAUUGUCUAGAAAAUUUGUCAUAUGUCACUCAUCCUUGAAAAAAACAACACCCCAUGUUUCAAUAAAAAUAAUAAAAUACAUGAUAUUUUUUGUGUGAACAGAGAAUUGCGCAAAAGGCGCUAAUCCAGUGAAGCCGAACAAUAGCAAGCCUAAUCUCAAACACCCCCAAAAAUCCGAGAAAAAAUAUAUUAAUAUCUAUAAUACUAAUUCGCUUUUCUUUCGACUACUAUACUUUUUUCUGUUUUCUUUUCCAGACGUCAUGAAAGCACCCAAUGAAUAGAAGGGGAUUAAUUAAAAAUAAAACAUGUGUAUUUGAAAAAUUUGAGUAGUGAUUCAUUUUUUGUUUUUCUAGAAGGAUGAGGACUCUACCACCACAACAACAACUGAAAUGACAACGGAAAUUGAGAGAAUUACAAUUCCAACCACAACUGUUUAUGAUCCAAUCAAUUUUUAUCAUACUCCAAGACCUAGACCAAUGAAAAAAGAGUCGAGUGAGUUUUUUCAGACCACCCAAAACGUUUUUAUUGGAUUCGGAAAUAACAAAGUUUGUGUUGAAACUACGGUAGUCUAACUUGUUUGACGUUUUCAAAAUGUUCCUGAUUAUUGGAACCUCGAAUAAUUAAUUCAAGCUAGUACGAUAGUCUGAAAAAUUCUUGAAAAUUAUUUAUGAGAAUUCAGUAUCAAUCUGAAAAGUGCAGACGUUUUUUUGUAUUUUAUACAUUCAUGUUAAUUAUUAAACUCAAAGACAAUUGGAGCAUUGCAAAAAAUAUCACGGUAGUCUGAACAUUAUUCAAAAUUAUUAAUGAGAAAUCUGAAAAGAGUAGCCAUUUUCUAGACCUCCACGACAUUUCACUUUAUUUAGUAUUCAGAAUUAGUUAGACUUUGCAUGAAAUACGGUAGGAAUCAAGAAACAGUGUGGCAAAAAAACAAUCAAAAGUUGUUAUUAGGGACUCCCAGAUAAAAAAUUCAGACCCCUUCAAUUACUUUCAACAAUCUUUAACUUCUCACAGUUUUUUCUAUCUUAAAAAAUUAAUUGGAGUCUUUGCAUAAACUACGGUAAUUUCGAACAUGAAGAACAACUUUUUGUAAAGUGUGAUUGUUCAUUUGAACUGAUUAGCGGAAGUAUUAAAAAUGUUGCAAAGCUAUAUUUAUUUUUGUCACUUGCAAGAUUUUUCCAACUUCAAACAUUGCUGAUCGAAAAUCUGCGCAUUUUUUUUCCUGAAAAACUUUCUAAACCUUCUAGCUUAAGACCACCCAUAUUUCUUUCCAGUUAACAUAUGUAUUUUCAAAAUAAGAAACGAAUAAUAAAAAUACAAGGGAAAUCAAAAUCCUCCGCAUUAAUAUCCGGUACUAUAAUUCACAACAAAACAAAAAUAUUCAUAUUUCAUAUAUAUUUAGGACAAUAGUAAUCGUAUUUUUAUAGUUCUCCGAUUUUGCUCGAAGGAAUCAGCCAUCAGAGAUCAAUCAAAUAUGGUGAUUGCUUGUGGAUUGGAUCAAGAUAUUUGGACACCAAAUCGUUGCCCAGAAAAUACAAAUUGUUUCCCAUCACACGAUAGUUUGUAUAGAAUUUGUUGUCCAGUUCAUCAUGGCUAA